AUGAUUUCCCCACCAUUGGCCAAGCGAAUCCCUACCAUCUGCACCACGAUCGUGGGCACUGAGCUGGCCAACAUCAAGGAUGUGCUCACAUUAAACAACCUCAACGGCAAAGGAACCUACUCACGCCUCUGUGAGCAAUGGCUUGAAAGCUCUAUGAAUGGCGGACGGGCUUUAGCAGUCUCCUCCUGCACCACGGCCUUGGAGAUAGCUGCGAUCCUCGCCAAUAUCCAGCCUAGCGAUGAGAUUAUUGUCCCAAGCUACACCUAUGUGUCCAGCGUGAAUUCCUUUGUUCUACGCGGAGCAGUACCUGUAUUUGUUGAUCUUGAUAACGCGACAAUGAACAUCGAUGCCGGCUUGAUUGAAGCCGCUAUUACUCCCAAGACUCGUGUCAUUGUUCCAGUGCACUACGCUGGCAUUGCGUGUGACAUGGACCGCAUUAUGGAGGUGGCGAAGAAGCAUAACCUUCUCGUCGAGCGCGCCGAAAUCCUGUAUGAGCACGGCACCAACCGAGCACCCUUCAUGCGCGGUGAGGUCGACCGCUAUCAGUGGCUCGACAUGGGUUUGAACGCGACUCUAUCCGAGCUGCAGGCAGCGUUUCUGUACGCACAGCUGCAAGCAGCGGACAAGAUCAAUGGACGCCGACUUGAAAUCUGGCAGCGAUACCAGACGAACCUUGCCCCGUUGGCGCAGAAGGGAUACAUCACACUGCCUCAUAUCCCAGCAAACACAACACACAACGCCAAUGUGUUCUACGUCCGGGUCACGGAUGAAACUCAGCGCAAGGAUUUGAUUGUGCAUAUGGACCAGGCGAACAUCCAGACCCAUCCGCAAUUCAUGCCACUGCACUCGUCGCCCUAUGGCCUGAAAAAUGGUCGCUUUGUCGGUGUCGACCGUGUGACCUCCCUUGCAAUCUCGCAGAUAUUGCUGCUGCCGGUGCAUCUGACCUUGACGGACGAGGAGCAGGGGUUUGUCAUUCGUGAGAUGUUUGCGUUCUGGAAGGAAGACAUAGAGAACUGA